AUGGCGAGAAAAUUCUUGAGCUAUCCAGAAAACAAGCUGUGGAAAGACGGCAUACUGGAUGAGGACUUCGAUCUUGACAUUCUCAAUCAAAUGGGCUGCGGUGAAGCGUUCGAAGGUGUGGCCGUCGGUGCGGACAUGUACCACGUGCAGAAAGUGCGUGCCUUCAUUGGACCCUACUGUAACGCUGAAUUGGACGCCGUAGCGAAAAUGGCAACCUUCUGGAACAUUCCUGUUGUUGGUUACAUGGCCUCGUCGAACGCAUUUGCUGACAAAUCCAUCUAUAGGACCCUGGCUCGUGUUUCGCUGAGGACAACGAACUCCUUGGCUGAAGCUGUCGCUGCUAUUCUCAAUCAUUACAACUGGAAAAGGGUUGGUGUCGCAACAAACACUGGCGUGGUGGCAUUCGAACGAUUCACGGCCUUUGAAGAGGUUUUCCACAAGAGAAAAAUUGAAAUAACUAAGAAG